AUGGCUGACCAACACGCGAAUCCCGAACUGGAGACGGGCCGAUACUACACAGCUGAAACUUAUCUCCUUCCCUCCGAUGAGAAAGAACGAAUCCGUUUAAACAGGCAGCACGAGGCCCUCCAGCCGUAUAGCGGUGGUCUUGUUCCCCCUGGACUUGAGUUGAAAGACGGUGAUACGGUCCUUGACGCAGGCACAGGCUCGGGUAUAUGGCUUCUUGAGCUCGCGAAGAAUGUCCCUAACGGCGUCAACCUCAUCGGUGUGGAUAUCGAAGGUCGGCUGUUUCCACCGGCCAAACCGAACAUGAAAUUCAUAGUCGGAUCGACGUUCGACCUGCCUUCUGAGCUGAACUCGACCUUCACGCUUGUGCACCAGCGUUUGAUGAUUUCUGCUCUUAGCCAUGAAGGAUGGAAGAAAGCGUUUGCCGCUUUGUUUCGGGUUCUCAAGCCUGGGGGUUACUUCAAGCUUGAGGAACUUGAUUCCAUCGACAUCCUCUCAACCGCGAGUGACGUACCUCCCGCUACCAGCCAAUUCACGCAAGCACUCAGAAUUCUUUGCGAGAAACGGGGUGUAGGCGGUGAUGUUAUCCCCAACAUUUCCAGCAUGUUGCAAGACGCGGGCUUCGAGAUCGAAGACGAGACAUACAGAAGUAUCAUUCUGGGCGGGCCGGACAACGCAGCUUGCGAUACGCUCGUGGACGCGUAUCGGGGAAUGAAGACCCCAUUUCUGGCCUCGAAAGUAGCGGAGAACGCGUCGACCAGUCAAGAGUUCGACAGCCUCAUGGAUCAGAUGGAGCAGGAAUGGCAAACUGGAGUGUACACGAAGACAUGGUGUAAUUGGAUUGCAAGAAAGCCGAUGUAGAGAUCCAAUAACAGAGAGGGUACAGUUAGGAAAAAGGCGGAGAGCGUGUAGACAAUAAACAGCGCG